AUGAGUGAUUUGCCAAUUGAAUUCACUGAACUGGUGGAUCUGACAUCAUUAGGGAUUUCCCCUCAAUCCCUUGACUUUAGAUCAACUACAUUCGAAAGUGACCAUUAUGUCACCGUUCGUGAAACUACCGAUGGAAACAAUUCCGUAGCUAUCGUAGAUCUAACAAACAAUAAUGAAGUUACAAGGAAAAAUAUGGGUGGUGAUUCUGCAAUCAUGCAUCCUUCUCAAAAUGUUAUCUGUGUUAGAGCUAAUGGUACAAUUGUCCAAAUUUUCAACUUGGAAACUAAGACUAAAUUAAAGAGUUUUACUUUGGAUGAACCGGUAAUCUUCUGGAAGUGGCUUGAUGAUGAAUCUUUGGGUUUUGUUACCGCUAGAUCUAUCCUUAUCUCUCAAGUCUUUGAUGGGAAUGUUAAUGCAAAGCCAACAACUUUAACAAUGAGACAUGCUAAUUUAAAUAACACUCAAAUCAUCAAUUUUGUAGCAAAUAAGAAACGUGAUUGGUUUGCAGUAGUUGGGAUUCUUCAAGAGAAUGGUCGUAUUGGUGGUAAAAUCCAAUUAUAUUCUAAACAACGUAAUAUUUCUCAAGCAAUUGAUGGUCAUGUCGCCAUUUUCUCCGAAAUCAUCCUAGAAGGUAAUGGAUCCUCACCUGUUCAAGUCUUUGUUACAGGUAAUAGAAAUGCUACCUCAGGUGUAGGUGAAUUGAGAAUGAUAGAAAUCGAUCACGAUCAAAACGUUCCAGUUCAAUAUCAAAAAAAUACUAGCGAUAUUUUCUUCCCACCUGAUGCUACAAAUGAUUUCCCAAUUGCUGUUCAAGUUUCCGAGAAAUAUGGUAUAGUCUAUCUAUUGACUAAAUAUGGUUUCAUCCAUCUAUAUGAAUUAUCUACUGGUACUAACUUGUUUGUUAAUAGAAUUACAGCUGAAUCUGUCUUUACAGCUACCUCUUAUGAUAACAAGAAUGGUAUUGCCUGUAUUAACAAGAAGGGUCAAGUGCUAUCUGUCGAGAUUGCCACUUCUCAAAUCGUUCCAUACAUUUUGAACAAAUUAUCCAAUGUGUCUCUAGCUUUAACUGUGGCUACUAGAGGUGGUUUACCAGGUGCAGAUGAUCUAUUAAGUAAACAAUUCGAAUCAUUAUUGGCUCAAAAUGAUUAUCAAAAUGCUGCAAAGGUUGCUGCCUCCUCACAAUCUCUAAGGAAUCAAAACACCAUUAAUAGAUUGAAGAAUGUUCAAGCUGCUCCUGGCGCAAUAUCUCCAAUUUUACUGUAUUUCUCCACUUUAUUAGAUAAAGGUAAACUAAACAAAGAAGAAACUAUUGAAUUGGCUAGACCUGUCCUACAACAAGAUAGAAAACAAUUAUUCGAGAAAUGGUUGAAAGAAGAUAAAUUAGAAUGUUCGGAACAAUUAGGUGAUAUUGUAAAACCAUUCGAUACCACAUUAGCUUUGGCUUGUUACUUAAGAGCCAAUGUCCACGCAAAGGUCAUUUCCUCGUUGGCAGAUUUGCAACAAUUUGAUAAGAUUCUUCCAUAUUGUGAAAAGGCUAAUUAUCAACCAAAUUUUAUUGUCUUAAUCUCUACUAUUAUUAGCUCUUCUCCAGACAGAGCUUCUGAGUUUGCCCAAUCUUUGUUGCAAAACCCAGAAGUUGCUGCUCAAUUGGAUAUUGAAAAGGUUGCCGAUUUGUUCUUCUCUCAAAACCAUAUUCAACAAGGUACUUCUUUGUUACUAGAUGCACUAAAGGGUGAUACACCAGACCAAGGUCACUUACAGACACGUGUGCUAGAAGUUAACUUACUACAUGCCCCACAAGUUGCCGAUGCCAUUUUGGGUAACAAUAUCUUCUCUCAUUAUGACAAACCAACAAUUGCUUCUUUAGCUGAAAAGGCUGGUUUAUUCCAAAGAGCUCUAGAAAAUUAUACCGACAUUACUGAUAUCAAAAGAUGUAUUACACAUACAAAUGCUCUUCCAAUUGACUGGUUAGUAGGUUACUUCGGUAAAUUAAACGUUGAACAAUCGUUGACUUGUCUGAAGGCCCUAAUGGAUGAUAAUUUGAAGGCCAACAUUCAAAUUGUUGUACAAGUUGCAACUAAGUUUACUGAUUUGAUAGGUUCAGCUACUUUGAUUAAAUUAUUUGAAGAGUACAAUGCUACCGAAGGGUUAUACUAUUACUUGGCUUCAUUAGUUAACUUAACAGAAGAUCCAGAUGUAGUUUUCAAGUACAUUGAAGCAUCCUCCAAAAUGUCUCAAUUCAACGAAGUCGAGAGAAUUGUUAGAGACAACAAUGUUUACAAUCCUGAAAGAGUUAAGAACUUUUUAAAAGACGCAAACUUGGAAAAUCAAUUGCCAUUCAUCAUUGUUUGUGAUCGUCACGAUUUUGUCCAUGAGAUGGUCUUACACUUGUAUAAGACUCAGAACAUGAAGUACAUUGAAACAUAUGUCCAACAAGUCAAUCCAUCCAAAACUCCUCAAGUUGUUGGUGCUCUAUUAGAUAUGGACUGCGAUGAAAAAUUCAUCCAAGAUUUAUUACAAUCUGUACUUGGCCAAGUUCCAGUUGGUGAAUUGACUACCGAGGUUGAAAAGAGAAACAGAUUGAAAUUACUAUUGCCAUUCCUUGAAAAGACUCUGGAAUCUGGUACCCAAGACCAAGGUGUUUACAAUGCACUAGCCAAAAUUUACAUUGAUUCGAAUAAUUCUCCAGAAACCUUCUUGAAGGAGAAUGACAAGUACGACACUUUAGAUGUUGGUCGUUAUUGUGAAAAGAGAGAUCCAUAUUUGGCUUAUAUUGCCUACGAGAAAGGUUCUAAUGAUGACGACUUGAUCAGAAUCACCAAUGAAAAUAGUAUGUACAAGUACCAAGCAAGAUACUUAUUGAAACGUUCCGAUCCACAACUAUGGAAUAAGGUUCUAGACAGCGAAAAUAUUCACAGACGUCAAUUGAUUGAUUCUGUUAUCUCUGUUGGUAUUCCUGAGUUAACUGACCCAGAACCGGUCUCCCUUACUGUCCAAGCUUUCAUGAACAACGAUUUGAAGCUAGAACUAAUCGAACUUUUGGAAAAGAUUAUUUUGGAGCCUUCUCCAUUUAACGAUAAUGUUGCUUUGCAAGGUCUGCUACUUCUUUCUGCUAUUAAGUAUGAACCAACCAAGGUCUCUACUUACAUCGAAAAGUUGGACAAGUAUGAUGCUGAUGAAAUUGCCCAAUUAUGUAUUGAACAUAGCCUAAACGAAGAAGCGUUUGAAAUCUAUAAUAAACAUGAAAUGUUUGAUAAGGCUCUGCAAGUAUUAAUUGAAAAUGUCAUGUCGCUUGAUAGAGCUGCCACUUAUGCUGAUAAGAUAAAUACACCAGAAAUCUGGUCUCAACUAGGUACUGCUCAACUGGAUGGUCUACGUAUUCAAGAAUCCAUCAAUUCUUACAUUAAGGCUGAAGAUCCAUCCAACUACGAAAAUGUUAUUGACAUUGCCGAGCAAGCUGAAAAGUUUGAAGAAUUGAUUCCAUAUCUACUGAUGGCCAGAAAGACUAGAAAGGAAAGCAAAAUUGAUGGUUCGUUAAUAUUAGCUUAUGCCCAUUUGGACCAAAUCCAUGAGAUUGAAAACAUCAUUUCAGGUUCUACCGUGGCUAAUCUCGAUAUUGUUGGUGACAAGCUAUUAGAGGCUAAGAACUACAAAGCUGCAAAUAUAUGUUUUGCUGCUGUUUCCAACUACUCCAAGCUAGCAUCGACCCUUGUAUAUCUAGGUGAUUACCAAGCUGCUGUGGAUACAGCCAGAAAAGCUUCCAACAUCAAGGUCUGGAAAUUAGUCAAUGAUGCUUGUAUCGAUAAAAAGGAAUUUAGACUUGCCCAAAUUUGUGGUUUGAACUUAAUCGUUCACGCGGAGGAACUAGAAGCCCUAGUUAAUAAAUAUGAAUCCAAUGGCUACUUCGAAGAAUUGAUAUCGCUAUUUGAAGCUGGCCUAGGGUUAGAAAGAGCUCACAUGGGUAUGUUUACCGAAUUAGCUAUCUUGUACUCCAAGUAUGACACAUCCAAAACUUAUGAACACUUAAAAUUGUUCUGGUCCAGACUAAAUAUUCCAAAGGUUAUAAGAGCUGUUGAAGAGGCUCACUUAUGGAACGAACUUGUUUUCUUAUAUGCUCAUUAUGAUGAGUGGGAUAAUGCUGCUUUAACCAUGAUUGAAAAAUCUGCAGCUGGUUUUGAUCAUGGCUAUUUCAAGGAAGUUAUUGUUAAAGUUGCCAACUUGGAAAUUUACUUCAAGGCUAUUAAUUUUUACGUUAAGGAACACCCUACAUUAUUAGUAGAUCUAUUAGCUGCUCUUACACCAAGAUUAGAUAUCCCAAGAACUGUUAAAUUAUUUACCAGCUCUGAUAACCUUCCAUUGAUAAAACCAUUUUUGAUUAAUGUCCUUCAAAGAAAUAACUCUGUCGUUAACCAAGCAUACCACGAUUUAAUGAUCGAAGAAGAAGACUAUAAAGCUCUUCAAGAUGCUGUUGAUUCAUACGAUAAAUUCGAUCAACUUGGCUUAGCUGCAAGAUUAGAGAAGAAUAAUCUAAUUUUCUUCAGAAAGAUUGCUGCUAUGCUGUACCGUAGAAACAAGAAGUGGGCCAAGGCUCUGGCUAUCCUAAAGGAGGACAAACUAUGGAAGGAUACCAUUGAAACUGCUGCUAUCUCACAAGAUACUAAGGUUGUGGAAGAACUUAUUACAUACUUCGUCGAGACUGACAAUAAAGAAUCAUUCGUUGCUUUAUUGUACGCCGCAUACAACUUAAUCGACUUCGAUUUUGUAUUGGAAAUUUCGUGGUUAAAUAAAUUGGAUGAUUACAUCAGACCAUACGAUAUCUCUAUCAGAAAGGAACAAAACGACAAGAUCAGCAAGUUAUCUGAAAAACUUUCAAAUGGUAAGAAUGACAACGAUGAUGAUGCUAGGGAUGGACAACCUUUAAUGUUAAUGAAUAGUGCUAUGAACAUGCAACAAACCGGUUACUAA